GGCACAGUGCUGCAGUGCGAGCGCAGCGGGGCACUCGGAAGCGCAGAGGAAACACACGCACGCACGCACACACGCACGCACGCCCGCACGCACGAACACGCACUAGCACGCACGCACGCACGCAGCGUUAUUGCCGAAACUUGGUCUAUGGAGACAUCCGCAGCGACGCAGGCCGACAUGGAAGAGUAUCUGCGGAGGGUGCAGAGCAGACUCGGGACGGAUGCAUUAGACGAUCACGUCCAUGCUGUUUUAGGAGGACCGGAGGCAGAUGUUGACACUGUGGCCGCGACACUGUGCUUAGCACUGCACCUCAGCCAGAAGGAGGCCUCAGGUGGAGUGUGUGUGCCUCUGCUGUGCUGCCGGCAACGUGGCGCUGGGUUGCCCGGGGAGACGAUAAAGUAUCUGCAGAGGGUAAAAAUUUGCGAGAGCUCGCUGCUGUGGAAAAAGGAUGUGGACCUUGUGAAGCUUCAUCACACCGGAAAAUUGUCACUUACACUACUGAGAGAUGGACUGCUAGAUAGCUCCGAGUACCACACCCUGCAGUCCAGCAUCCUGCGAGUGGUCCAUCAAGACAGGCAGCAGGACGCAGGGGAUGAUGGGGCAUCGUCUGCGGUGACGACAGUCGCUGGGGAGAUUCUUCAAGAGGCAGCAGAGCACAUCGGAGCAGCGCUGAGGGAGACUCUUGGAGAGGCCCUGCGGCUGCAGAGUGAAGGUUUGUGGGUCAAACAUGGCCGUCGGCCUGCACAACUGGAGGAGCUCAUGAGGUCCUUGGAGCACUGCAGUGAUGACACUGCAGACUUGGAGCAGCUGCUGACUGUGGAGCUGAAGGAAUUUUCGGAUGGAGGAAUGACCGUAGCGCUCACUUCAGUCCCCAUAUAUAAGGAGGACUGGCAUAGUUACGUGGACGAGCUGAACUCAUUCAGCCAUCGCCAUGGUUAUGAUGCUCUGGUAGUUCUGCCGUCUAUCAAUGACACAGUUCAUCAUCGCCGCCAGCAGGUGGCUGUCUACUCAAGCAACACAGAUCUCCUAAACCAGAUCUGCAGUGAGUUGGAAGAAUCUUCCAGCUGGUUUCUUUCUGGCGAACUGGAAGCCAGGGAGGACAUCCAAGUCUACCACAUUCCCAUAAACACCUGCUUAACGUUUGGCACUCCUCCUCUGCUGGUAGAAGAAAUACAGGGCCUCCUCAAGACCUUUGUUGACCGGCGCAGCUCUGUAUUAGCCCGCCACCCCAACAGCAGGACCUCCUCCACAGAGGGAGUGGCAGGCAGCGUCGAGUUCUCCCAAGGAUCCUCUGGUAUCACUGACAUGGAUAGCUCUGACGUGGAGAGAGCAGAGGGAGGCGGCGGAGAUGCGGCGCCCAUAGCAAGGGUGGUGGCAAACAGUGAAGAAGGCACCAGAGGUGCAGGAGUUGGUACCUGUGGGGAGCUCCUGAGCCCCGAUAGUGGUCUGACCACCAUCCGCAGCGACCGCUCCUCCAAGGAGAGUUCGGUGUUUCUCAGUGAUGACAGCUCAGUUGGUGACGUCAUCGCGGGAGGAGGGCCGGCUGGAGCCUUCCUGAGAAACCCCUCUCCUCUUGGAUUGACCUCCCUCUCCCCUCCCGCUCCACCUGAGAGGGGGAAGACAUGCUCUGGCAGAAAUAAGAGUGACAACUUUGACCUUUUUAGUUUUGACCCACUGCAUAGCAGUGAUCACUCUAUGACGGCAAGAGGGGGGUUUGUCAUUUCUGGAGUAGGAGGAGAUGAAGAAGAAAGACAAGCAGGAAGCUCUGGCUUAUCGGAACUUCGGGAGCUGAGCUUGCUAGAUUUCUCUACUCCCAAUUCACUCGGCAUGCUCGACAGCAGCAAUUCUCUAAUUGACCAACGGCAUGUGAAUGACAUGAUUGAAACAGUGGUUCCUCCGACCCCAGUCAACAGUGUGGUAGGUAGUCGCCCACUCAGCAGUUGCGGGGCCAGGUUCUUUCCAGAAGAUGUGGUUGAGAGGAUCAACGGCCUGCAGCACAAGGACAGUGUUUCAUCAUCGCUGUCAGAGACCUGGGAUGAACUCGGCUUUGACACACAAGGAGCAUCGUCGUCAAGUGAUAAUAACUGCUGGAAUAGGACCAGGGAAUCUGAGAGUCCUGGGAAUGUAGUGGAGCAGGUCAGAGGGCAAGAGUCUCAUUAUCAUAUUACACAGCAAGAAAGCAGAGAAGAACUCUUAAAGUCAGAGAAUGUCCACCAGACGGCAAAGAUCCUAGAGCCCCAGCUUAGUCUGAUCACUGAGCAAACUAAAUCAUAUGACACCUGGAACCCAGACUCAAUAUGUAAGGAUCAAUGGAACCCCGCUACUUUGGCUUAUUUGCAAUUGACACCACCAGAGGAGGAAGUAACUGGAAAGUCUAAGGCUAGAAUCAAGGAGUCCUCGUUGUCGAGGAAGAGAGCAAUCAUAAACACUUUAACGCCAGACACAUCGAAAGAAGAGGAUGAAGGAGGAGAUGGGAAAAAAGCAGAUGGACAAAUGGAGCUCCUCGACUUCUGGACGUACUCGGCUCAGAAGGGAUUUCUCAAAUCAGAUAGCGGAACCACCACAUCUUACCCCGAAUCGCUAGAUAUGUGGAACAUGACAAUCCGAGAUGACAGUCUAUCACCUCUCACAACCCCCGACAACUUGUCUGGAACCUCGGGGUCUUUCUGUGGGAUGAACCUCGAUGUUGAGGCUGGAGCAUCUGUGGAAAGUCCGCAAGAAUUACCUGAUGGUGGAAUGGUGAUGUGGAACACCACCAUACAGGAAGACAGCUCCUCCACAAUAACAAGCCCCGAAAGACCUGAAAACGGAAAAGAGCUCAGUCAAAUGGGAUCAAUGGACGUAAGUGAUUCUCUUGAGACACAUGCAAGCAAACAGGUAGAGGAAGAGCAGCCCGGAGGAGAGGAGACGCCUCCAGCAGCAGGGUGGGGAGGUUAUGAACACAACGUGAGAAUAGUCAUAGAGGCGGCAGAGGGAGGAACACAUGGUGAAGAAACGGCUGACAACGACAUACAGUGUUUUCAAGGCCAACAGUCUGUCUUGCAGAACUUGGUAUCCGACCACUUAGAAGAGGUAAACUCCCCUUACCAGGGCGCUGACAUGGGGGGCCUACCGGUUCCCGGCAUGGUCGCCUCUACUUCAGAAUAUGACAAUGUAGGAGCUGGUACUUGGAGCCUGACAUCGUCCCCUGAGACGUAUGCAAGCCCGGUAGCAGACAUGUUACAGCUAGAGGAGCAGUAUAGCCCUUUUUUCGCUGUGACAAAACCAACUCAGAUAGACAAGGGUCACAAUCAAUACCAGAAGGAUGAUCCUCUGGGAAAGACUGAAGACAAAGAUAAAGAACAGCCAACCAACCAGAUCUUCCAAUUUGAUGGAAGUAGUGAGCUGGGUCACAUGAUCAGCAGUGGGGUAUGUUCAAUUGAGAGCAAUUACGAUAACAAACAUUCAGAGGAAGCUGAUUGGAUAGAGCAACUCAGUGAUCAUUCACCAUUUGUUCUGGUGGACAACUCUACUGUCACUCGGACCACUUCAGCCCAUCAUUGCUCUUCAAGUCUACGAGAAGCUGGUGAAGCUGAAAUCCAGCCGGACCAAUCUUUAUCCCCAAGCCUCAUUGAGUGGGGUGAUCCUGUCUCCAAUAAGCCUGUCCUGUCGUCGACAAUGGCCCACAAUGAAGACGUGCCUGUUCCUGAAAGCCACGGUGGUCCGGACGAUGAGAGAAGUAGAAAAGAGCCGUGUAAAACCUCAGAAACAAUGUCUCUCAACUCCAGCUCCGGAGGGGAUAGAGACACGCUGAAGUAUAGCCCCGACAGCCUUCACCCAGCUAGUCGAGACGAACUCAGGUCCAAUUCUGAUGGAGAUUCAUCAUCAGGCCUAGAAAUGGAUUACAUCAUUGUGUCUGGCACAGUAAAAGAAACUGACAGGGAGUGGCACGGUAGGCCGAAACAGCCUGACAGGCAUUCAAAAGCUGCAAGAAAGUCCAUGGAGACGUUUAGCAUGCUUUCCUACGCUGCCACAGUGCUGCAAAGCCAGGCUCGGGUGGAAGAUGGAGAGCGCCAGGGGAACACAGAAAGAACGCGGAACGAAAUCAUCAGAAGUUCUGACAGUGUAAGCAAAGUUACAGAGCACAGUCAAGCUGUUUCAUGUGCUCAUUACCAAUCACAAAAUAACUACGAAACUUUUCAACAGUCAGAUUCGAGCCCGGGUUGCAGUCAAACUCAGGUAAAAGAAGUAAACCUUGAGGAUGAAUCAAAAAUUGUGGCCAGAAGUGUGUCUCCAUCCUUAAGAUAUCCGUCAGAUCAUUUCCUGAAAACCAGAGAGGAGGUUUAUGUCCAUUCACAAAUCUCGAUGGAAGAUUCAGAUGAGGGUGGGCAAUCGCCCUCGGCACCUCCGUCUUUGGGUGACUUUCAAGUUUGGGAGGUUCAGUUAACGAGUCAGAACGCGGUAACAUCUGAACCGCAAUCACCUGAACCGCAGUCACCUCAACUUACCCACAGCUCAGUCUCCCACACAAGCUCCUUCAUUGGCACCCCAUUAAGUAAUUCUGUUAUUUUUGCUGACAGAGAACUGGGAUUACCAUUUUCUGGAGAUUUGAUGGAAGAAAAGAACGAUGAGGAAGAGCAUGAAGAGGGAUCUGAUUCAGAGCGUAUUUCCCAUUCAAAAUGGACUUCAGAGAUACAAAGCGAUAGAGAAGAAAGGCAACCGUUAGGAUCCUCUGAUCUGCUAAGUUUCACUGAGCAGCUGAUAGAAGAUUCUUCAUUUCAACAACAGGAUUUGCAUUUACAAAUACUUGAGCCAAAGUGGGAUGGAUACUUACAGAAUACAGUGGAUUACUGUUAUGGACAACCUAUAAUGACUGCUGGUUAUGAUAAAUGGUCGACUGAACAACAGAUUGGAGACCAUGAAUCUUCACAAGACAGCUAUUCAACCCUCUUAAGUAGACAUUCCCAACAGGGAGAACGUGCAGCAAGGAUGAUGAUGAAGAUUCCCUCCAGUGAGGAAGCUGCAGAGAAGAUGUAUAACAUAGAAGACCCACCAUCUUCUGCGGAUCUGUCAGGCGGAUCCAACCAUAGGAGAAAGUUGACAGCUCCGCCAAUGAAUGUGUCACUGGACCGCAGCGAGGGGUCUCUCAUCUCAGAAGAUGCCCCGGACACAGAGGAUGAGGCGUUGGAUACUGGGGAUGACCUGGAUGUCAGCGUAGAUGAGCUGGACACACCUGACGAGGCAGAUUUGUUGGAGUUCAACGAACACGGGGAGUCAGAAAAGUCUCAUCUAGGAGAAGGAGCAGCAGUAGAGGAUGCCAUUGCAGGACACACCGCAGCUGAGGAGAGCAGAGAAGACAAGCUGUGGAGAAGUGUGGUGAUUGGAGAGCAGGAGCAUCGCAUUGACAUGAAGUGCAUUGAGUCCUACAAAAGGGUCAUUUCUCAUGGAGGUUAUUACGCUGAACAGAAUGCCAUCGUCGUGUUUGCAGCAUGCUUUCUACCAGACAGCAACUGUGACAAUUACAAUUAUGUAAUGGAAAACCUUUUUCUAUAUGUGAUAAGUACGCUGGAAUUGAUGGUGGCAGAAGACUACAUGAUUGUUUACCUGAAUGGCGCCACACCUCGUAGGAGGAUGCCCGGCUUUACCUGGAUGAAAAAAUGCUACCAAAUGAUAGACAGAAGACUGAAGAAAAAUCUUAAGCUGUUCAUCAUUGUCCAUCCGUCCUGGUUCAUACGGACUUUGCUAGGAAUCACCAGACCCUUCAUAAGCUCAAAGUUCUGUAGUAAGAUCAAGUAUGUGAACAGCCUGCAGGAGCUUGGAGAAACCAUCCCAAUGGAGUUUGUGCACAUUCCCACCAGCAUUGUAAAGUAUGACGAGGAGAGGGGUAUACACAAAUUUGCAUGUUUGAGAUUGGACACAGAAUUGCAAGAUUCUUCAGUUCAAGCCGACAAGAGGGGAAACUCUUUGGUUUGACUGUUCCAAGACACCUGGCCGCCUAUUCUCUCCCCGUAUUAUGCCAUCCUCUACCCCAGCCUCUGAAUACAAACCACACUGCAGCAUGAUGUGUACGGCUCAUGGUUGUUACACGCACAACUAGCAAUGGUUUCUAAAGCAUAAAUGCUGUGGUACAAAACAUCAGGAAGUUGCUUGUUAAUUGAGGAAAGUAAAAACCUGAGGGUGCUUAACUUAAUACUGUAUUUAUAGUGUAGACACUACCACUGUGCGUAAGGUUAGAUGCUUUACCCUGUAUUACUGUACAUUACAAAGCACUUGGUAAUGUUCCCAAAUCUGUUAGUUUUGUAUUCUUUUAAUU